AUGCAUAGAGUACGUAUUGCAGCCCAAUGGCGGUGGGAUAUCGAUGAAGACGAGCUAUGUGGGAUCUGCCGGUCCGCAUUUGGAGGUUCAUGUCCUGAAUGCAAGCAUCCGGGCAUAGGAUGCCCGCCUGCAUUUCUUUCAUGUCCAUUGUCUUGGACGCUGGAUAGAGACAUGUCCACAGUGCCCGCUUUGCCGCCGCGUAUGGCAGGUUUCCACGGAAUGGCCGAAAUAAAUUGUUUAUAUUUUAUUCUUGGCGAAGACAUGGGUGUAAUGGCAGCCGAUGCCGUAUCUGGCCUUUUGACGUACACGGUCAUUCUCUUGAAUUCUUUUCUGGCAUUGUAUUUCUGUCUCGCCUUGGCGCUGCACCCUUCCACUCCCUUCCUUUUGAUCCCAUUUCUGGGUAUUUGCGCAUUGGCUUACCGCCGGACACCGUAG